AUGCAAAUGAUAAGCUUCGAUGUGGUGAGUCUGUUCACCAAUGUGCCCACUACCGAAGCUCUGAGCAUAGUGAGGACAAGACUGAAGAGCGACGAUACACUGCCCGAAAGAACGACAAUCCCGACUGAUGACAUCAUGGAACUACUGACAUUCUAUGUCACCAGCACCGCCUUCCAACUGGGCGAUGACUACUACCAACAAACUGAAGGAAUGGCCAUGGGAUCACCCCUGUCACCGGUGAUCGCCUACAUCUACAUGGAAAACUUCGAAGAGCUGGCCUUACAAACAGCACCACUGAAACCAUCCCUGUGGCUGCGAUAUGUCGACGACACAUUCGUCCUGUGGGACCAUCGCGAGGACAUAACACCAUUCCUAGACCACCUCAACAGCCUCCGACUCUCCAUCCAAUUCACAAUGGAAACAGAAGUCGACAACAAACUACCAUUCCUUGACGUCCAAGUGGAGAAAUCUGAGGAAGCAUUCAGAACAUCGGUCUACCGCAAACCAACAGCAACCGACCGCUACCUCAACUUCAAGUCACACCACCCAGACACAGUCAAGAAAGGUAUCGUCAGAUGCCUGCAGACCCGAGCCACCAACAUCUGUGGAGACGAAGCAGCCAAAAAGAUGGAAAUGUCACGCCUUACCAGCACCUUCAGGAGAAACGGAUACCCAACGAGCUUCAUGAAACACAAACCCAAGGAAGCAUCCCAACAACAACCAAGGAAUAAGCCCAUCACGACAGUAUCCCUCCCAUACAACAGAGGACUGUCAGAGAAGCUAAGGCGAAUCUGCGGAACAUACAACAUCAGGACGGUGUUCAGAAGUACCACCACCCUCCGCAAGUCACUCACAAAGGUCAUACCGCUAACCACCAAGGAGCAAACAAAGAACUGCAUAUACGACAUCCCGUGCAGCUGCGGCAGGUCAUAG